CUGUGGGGGGGGGGUUCCGUGCCUCUCCUUCCGUCCUCUCGUUGGUGCAAUCCCUUCUUCGCCGCCAUUUUGCCCUACGGCUUGUUCUGACGGGCAGCCGCGAUGCCUGAAGAGCCGGACCGGGACGUGUACCGGGAGCCGCCGCGCCGCACCCCGGCGGGCGACCGUAACCCGCUCGACCUGCUCGAGAAGGUUUUUUACUACGCGGUCGACACGCCGGUCACUGCCUGGAGGGACUUCAUCGAGCGGCAGCAUGCAAAGAAUAGGUUUUACUAUUAUCACCGGAAUUUCCGCCGCGUGCCAGAUCUGACGGAGUGCUUGGAAGACGACUUUUUGUGUUUCUAUGAAGCUGAGCAGCAGUGGUCAAGAGACUACCUAGUUGACCAAGAAAUCGUGAAAAUAGUCCAGCGACGGUUAGGCGCUUGCAAACAGCGGGAAGGAGAGAGCUUUGCUCAGAACUGUUUGAAAGAGAUGCAGCAAUUCAAAGAGGUGGCCAAGGGCUACCAGGACAGAUAUGGUGACCUGGGUGCCUUUGGGAGUGGGCGCAAAUGCUUAAUGAAGCAGAAGCAUCGGAUGAUUGCAGAGAGGAAGGCUGCGGCAGCAGCCAACAAAGCCCAAGAUAAAGUCCAAGAAAAAGCCCAAGAAAAAGCACAAGUGCUGGUUGAUCCUGAAUGCUCGGGCUGAAUUCGAAGCACUAGAAUCAGUAUUGUCUAUUGUCUACUGAGAAUGCAAUACUAGUCAGUGUCUGUACUGCAGUCAGAACUGCUCUAGGACCUGCAGAGUAGAUGUAAUGUGACCGAUAGAAAUAAACAUUGAAAAUGCU